UAUCCAAAUAGACUUGUCCAUCCCAAGGUUGCCACACAAGCGAUCGUGAGCCAUGCGUUAACAGGACACUCCCGCACCCCUGGACGCAGCUACAUGCAAGCAGAGUCUCCUCAUGCCCGUGGUCCUUCUCCAAUCGAUUUUGACGGUCUCAGUUUCCCAAGUAUCGGAGCCCGUGAGCGCAGAGAGGACACUGAAGAGUCGCGUGCAGCUAGGAUCAACAAGAUUUCCGGAGCCGUCCGCACAAUUUUGGAAUGCAUUGGGGAGGAUCCUGAUCGCGAGGGACUUCUCAAGACCCCAGAGCGUUAUGCCAAGGCACUCAUGUUCUUUUCCAAGGGCUAUGAGGAGAGCGUCACCCAUCUCAUGAACAAGGCUCUAUUCCAAGAAGAUCACGAUGAGAUGGUGAUUGUCAAGAAUAUUGAUGUUUUCUCGCUGUGCGAACAUCAUAUGGUCCCCUUCACGGGCAAGAUCCACAUUGGCUACAUUCCCGAGAACGGCAAGGUUGUAGGACUAAGCAAGAUCGCCCGCUUGGCAGAGAUGUUCAGCCGUCGCCUCCAAGUUCAAGAGCGUCUUACCAAGCAGGUCGCCAUCGCAUUGCAGGAGUUGCUGAGCCCCCAAGGAGUCGCUGUUGUUAUGGAGGCUAGCCAUUUCUGCAUGGUGAUGCGAGGAGUACAAAAGCCAGGCAGCCAAACGAUUACCAGCUCCAUGUUCGGAGUCUUCAGAGAUAACGCCAAGACGAGGGAAGAGUUCCUAUCGUUGAUCAGACGUAGUGGCAUUUAAGGCGGCGGCACAGCGCAGUGGACAAAGCACUUAGCCACAAGCGAAUACCCAGCGUAUGUAGAAGUAGCUCGGCGCUCAAUCGCUACUGUUACACCUUCCCCAUGUCUUUCUUACUUGUCCUGACACGCUUCAAUAGUUUUCAUAUUUUCAUGUAUGGACUCUAGACUCCUAGCGUUCUGACAAACACGCUUCUAGCCACAAAUCAUUUAGACCACAAGGUACUAUUCGCACUGCAAGUAAAGAGCCUAUAUUACUGUUAGAAAAUGAGCAAUGAAGACUACAUGUAGAAUUCGAGGAUAAAAAAAAAAUCGAGUGCCAAUUGUUCAAAACAACCCUGGUAAAUCACCUUCCAGUUCCAAGCAAAAAAAAAAUAUGCGCAAAUCAUAAUUCCAGAGGGAAACGCCUUCAUCGUGGGUU